GACAUAUUUUCGGCAUACACACUUGAAAUUUUUUUUAUACAUUUUGGCUUAGAACAAAAUUUUGGACUCUAAGCUUUUGUCCGAAGAGGUGGGAAGGCAUAACGCGGCUCCGGUUUGCAGGUCAGCUAUUCGACAACUCUGUGACCCCCAGACGGAAUCGAUCGACCCACGCCCUCGCACACGCAUGCCAAAAUGGUUGCAACGCCCAAGGCGUCGAUGUUAUUGAGGCUGACCUGUCGCCGGCCGCUCCUGCUGGGCCACCUUUUGCGGAGCUUUCGUGGCGUAAGUGGCGUGAGUCGAGGCAGCCCCAUUCAAUGGGCGCGUCACUACUCGGAGGGCUGUGGCACCCUGACGCUGCAGAAUACCUUUAAGUGCUUUGAGCUGGAGACGAGUCCCCCCAUGGAUGUGGAAUUGUCACGCGAUGACGCCCUCGAUCUGUUCACCAAAAUGGUGGAGGCGCGUCGCAUGGAGACCCAAGCGGCCAAUUUCUAUAAGCAGCAGAAAAUUCGCGGCUUCUGUCAUCUCUACAUUGGCCAGGAGGCGAUUGCCGUGGGCAUGCGUGCCGUUAUGCGCAAACAGGACUCUGUGAUCACCGCCUACCGUUGCCAUGCCUGGACCUAUUUAAUGGGCGUCUCCGUCGAGGCCAUGAUGGGCGAACUCGUCGGCGCCCGCAGCGGCUGCAGUCGCGGCAAGGGCGGCUCCAUGCACAUGUACGGGGAAAACUUUUAUGGCGGCAAUGGCAUUGUUGGCGCCCAGGUACCGCUGGGUACGGGCGUGGCUCUGGCCCAUCAAUAUCGCGGCGAUGGCGGUGUCUGUAUCGCCUGCUAUGGCGACGGUGCUGCGAACCAGGGCCAGAUCUUUGAGGUCUACAACAUGGCCAAGCUGUGGUGCCUGCCGUGCAUUUUCGUGUGCGAGAACAAUGUGUAUGGCAUGGGGACGAGAGCCGAUCGCGCUGCCGCCCUCACCGACUACUAUAUGCGCGGCCACUAUAUACCCGGCCUGUGGGUGGAUGGCAAUCAGGUGCUGGCGGUACGCAGUGCGACCCAAUUCGCCAUCGAGUACGCACUCUGCAAGGGACCCAUUGUCCUGGAGAUGAACACUUAUCGGUAUAUGGGCCACUCGAUGUCCGAUCCCGGCAUCUCGUAUCGCUCCCGAGAAGAGGUACAGAAAAUGCGGGAGAAGCGGGACCCAAUUGCCAGUUUCCGGAAGCAGAUACUGGAUCUGUGCCUGGCAACAGAGGAGGAGCUGAAGGCGUUGGAGGAUGGCGCCAGAAAGGACAUCGAUGAGAAAUGCAAGAAGACCCUCACCGAGCGCGAGGUCGAUCUGAUAGAGUUGGCCGCAGACGUCUAUGCCCGCAAUUUGGAGCCCCGCAUACGUGGUGUAUCGGGCUAUACGUUGGAGCACCAGAAACUAUCGGAGGUCUGCUUGGGUAAGCCAAAGCCAACGCCAGCGUGCGCCAUGAAGGACGUGCCUGUGGGCGAUGCGGCUCUAGUGGCGGCUCAGGCAGCCGCCAAGAAGGCGGCCGAAGCAAAGCAAGCGGCCGAGGCUGCGGCCAAAGGUGGUGCGCCUGCCGGCGCCAAAGAAGCCAAGCCGCCAGCUGCUGCCGCCCCCAAUAAACCGCCAGCGGGUGGUGCAGCAGCACCGCCACCACCACAACCGCCGAUCGACUAUAUGCCAACAGAAAUCAUUAAAGUAAAAAAUAAACCAACAGGGAAUAACUGA